AUGUACAAAAUUAUUGCUUUGAUUGUUCUGGUUGUUUUCGGAGGCGUAACAGCUCAUACAGGUAAAAUUAAUACUCAAUCAAGCCAUAUCAGACGUGUUUCAUUGCCAUUGAAACAAGGAUAUAAUGGUAUUGAUUGGUGUCCAGAAUGUGUUGACACAUUUAGUAACCUAAUCUAUUUUGUUCUUGAUGGUAUUAUUGAAGAGGGUAUUAUAAAUACAUGUGAUGAUAUAUGUGAUUAUGUUACUGAAAAGUCAGGAUCACCUAUUUUAACAAUUAUUUGUUCAGUCGGUUGUGAUAUUAUAGGAAUUAACGAAUUUAUUAAAUUAGCUAAAGAAGUUGAUCUUGAUCCGAUUUAUUUUUGUGAAUCAUUAAAACUUUGCCCAAUAAAUGAUAAUGGUGAUGCUAAAUUUAAAUCAUUUGUUAUUUUACCACCACAUGGUCCAGUCUACAGUACAUUUAUUAUUGAUUUUGUUUAUGAAUCUAUUAAUGGAACUGGUACUGGUCAAUUGGUUAUUAAUAUUCAAACUGUUGAUGGCAUUGAACUUUCGACGACUUUUUUGAUUGAAGCACUAAAACCAGGUAGAUAUGCUGAACGCAUUGCUGUUGAUGCUAGUCCGGAUCCAGAUUGUGAUCCUAGUACCGAACAAUGUGAAGAAUGGUUUCCGGGCGUAUAUAAUGUUACAGUUAUGAUUUGUAAUGGAGAAUGUGGUUCACAUCAUCCCCAUAGUCAGCUUUAUGAUAUGGUUAAUGGCUCUUUUCGAAUCGAUUAA